CAUAAUAACUCUAGGCCCAUUGGUUAGAUGGAGAUCUAUGAACAGUUUAUGUGGCCUUGCACUCAUUAGUUCAGUUCAUUUCUCAAAUUCCAACGUAUAAACCUAAUUUCCACUCCUUUAAGGGUUCCAGCUGAUCGUAGCAUCUCCUCCAGAAUCGUUCAUCAUGGUUUCUUCCAAGAAGACGAAGAAGACUCAUGAGAGCAUCAACAAUAGAUUGGCUCUUGUGAUGAAGAGUGGCAAGUACACUCUGGGUUACAAAACUGUUCUCAGAACACUCAGAACUUCCAAAGCAAAAUUGGUGAUCAUCUCAAACAAUUGCCCACCGUUGAGGAAGUCUGAGAUAGAGUAUUAUGCUAUGUUGGCUAAGGUUGGAGUUCACCAUUACAAUGGAAACAACGUCGAUCUUGGAACUGCUUGCGGAAAGUACUUCAGGGUGUGCUGUCUCAGCAUUAUUGAUCCAGGUGAUUCAGAUAUUAUCAAGAGCAUGCCUGGUGAUCACUAAACAUUUAGUCUUUAGGUGGAUUUUUGUUUCAGUGUCUUUGCUGAAAGCAGUUUUGAGAGUUACUUUUCUGUUUUCAGUGCUCUGGUUGUAGACAUAUUUGGUGGUUUGAUUAUUCGAAUUAGCUUGUGACUGAAAUGAAUUUAUUCUUCAUAUUUAAGCUCUUUAGAUCCAUCAAGCA